AUGUCCAAAAUUCUCCCACUCGACGCCAGAGCUGCGACCACCGCUCUCAAACAACCAAAGGAGCUCACCGCAUACGCGCGCGACGGUGCCGGAAAUUUCGUGUUUGACAAGGCCGUUGUGGACGCCGAGCAUUUGAGCUACUACUACUUCCCCGACAGCCAGGUGGACGCAAACAUCGACCUCAGCGGGGGGUUCAAGCACUUCAAGAAGAUUGAUGAGGAGACGCAGGUGCGCGGAGACUUUCAUUCGUUCCUCCACGCGCUCAUGCUCAGCGAACGGGCCGCGCGCAAGAAGACUGCGGGCCAGGUGUUCACCUUCCGCGGCAAUAUGACCAAGUUACUCACGUUGCCAUAUUUCGACAGGGACGCGCUUGACUUCUACGUUGUGCCGUUUGACGGGCAGUUGUUUAUUGUCAACAAUGUCGCGAAAGAGAUGGCGCGCCGCCAACUCCAGCAGGAGGACGAGAUGACGAGGAAAUUGCAGUUUUCUGGAUACAAGUUCGAGGCGGUCACCACGUUGAGACAGCCGUGGGCCGCGACGCCGCGCGCAGUUAUUGAGAAGCGCUACAAGGAGCCGGUCUCUAACUACGAACAAUAUCUCGCGGUCGUGAGCACCGGGAUCGGCAAGAUCAGAACCGUGUUGGGCGGCGAGCUCGAUUGCGUGUGGGACUACAAGCCGGACGCCAGUAGCUACAAGACGGAUGAUCCGUUGGAGCACUAUGUUGAGUUGAAGACGCUGAAGGUGAUCCAGUCGCCGGGUCAGGUGGCCAACUUCGAGAGGAAGCUUUUUAAGACGUGGGCGCAGUGCUUUUUGAUGGGGGUGCGCAAGGUUGUGUACGGGUUCAGGGACGAGAGUCUUGUGUUGAAGUCGGUCGAGCAGUACUCCACUGAAGAGAUUCCGUUGUUAAUCAAGAACAAUCCCUUGGCCGAUGGGACAGUUUCCAGAAAGGUGAACUGUAUGGAGGCGUUGAAGUGGUAUGGCGCCGCGUUGGAGUUUAUCACCAGCACUGUGAAGGCGGAUGGACGGGGCUUGUGGGUGUUGAGCUUUAACACCGAGACGAGAAAGUUGGAGUUGGUUGAGAGCGAGGAUGAGGAGGAGAUUGCGAGAGUCAGGGGCGAGGUGAUUAGCGAGGAUUUUGCGCAGUGGAGAGCGGAGCUUGCAGCUUGA